ACACGAUUCUCAUGCAAUCGAAAAAAGUUCACAUUCGUAAAAUAAUUCGAAGAUCGAAUUUUUUUCGAUUGUUACACAGUGUGUGUAUUCUGAGAAGUUCACGAUCGAAAAAAUUCGAUCGAACACCACUCGAACGCAACGAGUGCUACUGACCACUCGAAGUAGGAGUUCGUAUACGAAAUUAGCUGUCAAAGUCAUAAUCCGCCCCGUUGUGUAUUGGUUUUAGCUGUGAAAAAUCAAGGAAGUUUUUCUCUUUAUCCAAUUAUAAGCUCAAAAUGAACGAGGACGAAUUUAUCGUUGACUUCUUCGGUAACCUGCUUGAGGAGUUGGAAGCAGCGACCGUGGAUCCGCCGCGGCGUAGAGUUCCGGCAAAUUUGGAUCCCUUUAGCUUCAGCGAUGCCCAGUUUAUAAAACAUUUUAGGCUCACUAAAAGCCUUGUAUUUGAUCUCAUCCAAAUUAUUGAGCCAGUGAUUGAGCAGCGAUCACGGAUUGAUAUAAAAACCAAGGUGUUGUGUGCAUUGCAUUUUUUUGGAACAGGGAGCUACCAAACACCUUCAGCAAAAUUAAACUGCCUAAACAUUUCGCAACCAUCUGCCUCCCGGUGCAUCUCGGAGAUAGUUGAUGCUUUAAAUCAUCCAAAUGUAUUUGGUACUUGGAUUCGUUUUCCAAGUACUCAUCAAGAACUCCAUGAAAUUUCGAGAAGCUUCUACACUGCCUAUGGGUUCCCAGGGAUUGUUGGUUGCAUUGACUGCACCCAUAUUUCCAUAGUUCCUCCUCAAAGACCAUUUGAGGAGAGGAGCUAUGUAAAUAGGAAGCAUUACCACUCCAUCAAUGCGCAAUUGAUAUGUGAUUCAAACUUAAAAAUAUUAAAUGUAAAUGCUCUGUUCCCUGGAAGCACACACGAUUCAUAUAUCUGGAAUAGCUCCAACGUCCUUCCUGUGAUGGAACAAUUAUACACAAGUGGCCAUCAAAGUUAUCACCUUAUAGGAGACAGUGGAUAUGCACUACGACCUUGGUGUCUUACGCCAAUUUUACAUGCCGAAGAUGGAUCUGCAGAACACAGAUAUUCAGAGGCUUUAAAAAAAGCACGAUCUACGAUUGAAAGAUGUAACGGGGUUCUGAAAGGGAGAUUUAGGUGCCUCCUUAAAGACAGGGUGUUGCAUUAUAAGCCAAAUAAGGCAACCAAAAUAAUAAAUGCAUGUUGUGUACUGCACAAUAUGUGCAUUGCACACAAUGUCCCUGAUCCUGGCAUGCCUCCGGAUGAGGAUCUCGGAAUUAUUCCUCAACAACCACUAUCAAGAGAUGGUGAAACGUCAAGAAUUUUUUUUUUAAAUCAGGCACGAGUUAAACAAAAUUUAAUAAUUAACAAUUAUUUUAAUUAAUUAUGCUUGUUUAUACUUCCUAUGCUUGUCAUUAUAGUACUCUAUUAAUGGGAAUGUAUGGUAAGUAACUUGUUUCUGAAUGUAUUGUAACUUCCUACUUUCUUAUAUUUUUAAACCGGCAGUCCAGUUUGUAAUGCAACACCCUGUCUUUAAGCGCUGGUAGGGCAAAAAAAGAAUGAGAUAUGUAUAGGCUUCUUAAGAGCACUUGACUGUAUUCCAAAUAUAGGAAUCAUGUGCUUUAUUGAUUGAUUGACGAAUUGUAAGUACUAAUUUAAUUAGUCUACUAUAAAAACAAAGAUAAUUUUGAUUUGAUUUAUUUGCAAGUCUAGACUAGAUAUCAGCAUGUCACUACAUUGGUCAUAAUACUAUGCAUUUUUGUAUACCCAUUUCUAUGUAUAAGAUACACCAUACAAAAAUGUGUGGUUAAUUCAGAGAACUAUUCCUGAAUCAAUAAUGUACCUACACUACCUAUAAUCUAUUGGGUAAAAUGAUUAUGAGACAUAUAAAGAAAGGCAACUUAAGAGCAAAACUUCAAUAUUUUUACAAAUCUUAAAAUAUUUAUAGAAAUUAAAUAUUUUAAGAUUUGUAAGUACUAUUUAAAUAGUCUAUGCAAAUGGAGAAGUAUGUAUUUGCAAA